AUGUCGUCUUUCUGGGUCCGGCCACAAAACUUCGUCCACAUCGCAUGCGAUAUCCUCCAGUCCAAGGGCUACCUGCUGAUGAGGAUGUGGUACACUUUCCAGCGCCAGGCAGAGAAGAACUCCUCGAUGGGAUUUAAGAAUGGAGAGUAUGGAGGGAGGUUGAGUGCCAUGAAGAAUGGGUGUCUCUGUCUCUCUGCAGCCCAAAUCGAAGUUAUACCCUGCAAAAUCUGCGGAGACAAGUCCUCAGGUAUCCACUACGGAGUCAUAACGUGUGAGGGGUGUAAGGGUUUCUUCAGACGGAGUCAGCAGAACAACGCGUCCUACUCGUGUCCCCGCCAGAGGAACUGCCUCAUCGACAGAACUAACCGCAACCGCUGCCAACACUGCCGCCUGCAGAAAUGUCUCGCCCUGGGAAUGUCCAGAGACGCGGUGAAGUUCGGGCGCAUGUCGAAGAAGCAGCGCGACAGCCUGUACGCCGAGGUCCAGAAGCACCAGGCUCGGCUCCAGGAGCAGCGCCAGCAGCAGACGGGCGAGGCCGAGGCUCUGGCGAGGGUCUACUCCUCCAGCCUCUCCAACGGCCUGUCCACGCUCAACCACGAGAUCGGAGGCACCUACGCCAACGGGCACGUCAUCGAGCUGCCCAAAGGUGGCCACGGCAACGGAGUAGGCGGAGGAGGAGUACCCGGAGGGUAUUACGGGAUGGAUUCCACCCAGCCGUCUCCCGACCAGUCUGGCCUGGACAUGUCGGGCAUGAAGCACAUUAAACAGGAGCCGGUCUACGACCUGACGCCUGUGCCAAACCUGUUCAGCUACGCGGGCUACCAGGACAGUCAGCUGGGGCCCAACAACGUCAGCAUGGGGGAGCUGGACCGCAUCGCUCAGAAUAUCAUCAAGUCUCACCUGGAGACAUGUCAGUACACAACGGAGGAGCUGCAGACGCUCGCCUGGCAGACACACUCCUACGAAGAAGUCAAGAUGUACCAGAGCAAGCCGCGGGACGCUCUGUGGCAGCAGUGUGCCAUCCAGAUCACACACGCCAUCCAGUACGUGGUGGAGUUCGCCAAACGCAUCUCAGGGUUCAUGGAGCUGUGCCAGAACGACCAGAUCCUCUUGCUGAAGUCAGGGUGCCUGGAGGUGGUGUUGGUGCGGAUGUGCCGGGCGUUCAACCCCCUCAACAACACGGUGCUCUUUGAAGGGAAGUACGGAGGCAUGCAGAUGUUCAAAGCUCUCGGUUGCGAUGACUUGGUGAGCGCUGUGUUCGACUUUGCCAAAAGUUUGUGUUCCCUGCAGCUGACUGAGGAGGAGAUCGCUCUGUUCUCUGCUGCUGUACUGAUCUCUACAGAUCGGCCGUGGCUGAUGGAGCCCCGGAAAGUCCAGAAGCUCCAGGAGAAGAUCUACUUUGCUCUGCAGCACAUUAUGCAGAAGAACCACAUGGACGAGGAUGCACUGGCUAAGCUGAUCAGCAGGAUCCCAACUCUGUCGGCGCUGUGCACGCUGCACACCGAGGAGCUGCAGGCCUUCCAGCAGCUGCACCCGGAGACAGUCAACAUCCUCUUCCCUCCGCUCUACAAAGAACUCUUCAACCCUGACCCAAACUCCGCCAUGGCCAUGCCCAAGUGACCGCCACGAGGCCGCGAUGCAACCAACCAACCAACCAACCAACCAACCAACCAACCAACCAACGGACCCAGAAAAUAAAAACAGCCAGGCUGGUCAGCGAGCCUCAUUUCAGGCUGGAAAUCGGCCCGGCUGAAAGUCACAGUUAAUCGCCAACAAAACAUAGGAAUGUCCAGCACUUAUUCACCGUCCUGUUUUCACCGAUACAGAAGAAUGUAUAUAGAAAUCAAACGCACCCCUCCAUCAUCAUCAUCACCCCUCCGAGAUGCCACAACUUAAAGCGGGCGGAGCUUAAACUGUUAAACUGACUGACCAGAAAUGUACAGACUUUAAAAAAAUAUAAACAAGCAUCUAGGGAGGAUUUUAAUUUAACUUUGAGUAACAAAAAAAAAGUUCAUUUUUGUUAGUUUUUUUUGGGGGGUUAUUCCUAAAAAAGGUGAAGAAACGGUGGAGUUGAAGUGACACCGAUUUGAUUUUGGGGGUGGGGGGAAGUGUGGAUUUUAGAGAAGUUAUUGUAGAUAUUAUUAUUGUAGUGCAGAGCGGAGUCCAGUAUUACUUCUUAUUCUGUUUAAAUAAGUUAGUCUUAAUUUA